GGCGCACCCGCUGCAGUGACAGCUGUGCGCACGAGAAUGGGGUGUCCGGUUGCCGUGGCGACGCCGCUGUUUAAACAGGGAUGACAUCACCUGAGUGACAAGAUAAACUCUCCUGUACAGGGAGUGGGGGGGGUUACAUAUGCCAGCGACUGCUGGAGGCUACAGUACAUGAGCGCCGAGAGAGAGACCAGGAAAGAGCGAGGGGUUCAAACAGCAUCCAGUGCUGCAGUGAGCCAGGGAGCAGCAGGGCUGGUGUCACAACCUGACAGGUGUCGGCCAUGGAAAGCAGCUUGUGAGCCCGACAGCCCGCGAGGAGACUGGACAGCAGCCCCGGGACCCAAAAAGCAAGCGACAGAGUCAUUGCAGGUGUAGCAGCCGCAGCAGCCGUCUCCAGCGCUGAAGAUGACCGCUCGGACACCCCGGCUGUCCCUCCCCCGCCCGCGGUACCUGCUCCUCGGCGUGCUGCUGGCGUGCCUCUCGCUGGUCCCGACGGAGAGCCGCGCUCUCAAGACAGCGCCCGCGAUGCAGCUUCUGCGGGAGUUUUUGGAACAGUACAGGGAUCUCCUGACCGCAGACGAACUGGAGAGCCUCGCCGGCGACCCCGGGGAGAGGUUACGACCGGCGGACACCACUUCGAAGGCCGCCGAGUACCCGGGAUGGACUGACCUGCCCCCAACAAGUGAGCACCCGUGGUACCGCCUGUUGAGGGACACGCUGGCCAAUCGAAAGAGAGCUUUCUCCGACCGGGCCAAGAAGGGGUGGGCCCGAGGCUGCUUUGGCCUCAAACUCGACCGGAUUGGCUCCCUCAGCGGGCUCGGCUGCUAACUAUUGGCUGAGGUGUUCCCCGGCGUUCUAGAACCUUCUGCCAACCCCCACCCCCAGCGCCGUUCUAGAACUCCACCCUGUCGUUCUGCGUGUUUUUCAAAAUGCUCCGUCUCUUCCCUGAAUAUGUAUCACCCAUUUUACUUUUUCCUUUAAAAUGAAAACAAGGCAGCUUGUCUCGAACUUGUGAGCGAUGUGUGUACCUGGCUUUUCAGACUAGUGACUUCGGCUGCGCUCUGUCUUUUCUCCUUUCUGACACGGAGUAAAAGACUGUAGUAGGCUACUGUAGUGUUUGCUCAGAAGCUAUAAUUUCGCCCUGGCACUAUAUACCGCCGGAUCUAUGUAGGAGGCUGUCCACUGCACAGCAGCAGAACGUGCUCACAGUUUGCUGAUGGCUAUGUGGAAAUAUGAAGCAGGCAAAAUACAGUGCUGUAAUUAUUUAUUUGAUAGACGACAUUACUCAAAGCGGCUCUCUGAGGGGACGAUGCUUUCCCUGUUUGUUACACGCGAAUGCCGGUACCAGGCGACGUAGAGUAGAGUACUUCACUCCUCCACGGAAGCUUUUCAGCAAUCAUUCUGUGCCAAAGCAGAGAGCUACGAGAAUGGCCUGGCUACCGUUGAACAAGAGCCCCCCAGCACCGCUGUGCAGAAUAGUGUGGACUGCAGCACCGUGCAUUUGUUGACAUGUUUCAUGAAAGACUAGUUUCAGUUUUGACCCACAGUGCCUCGCUAUGGCAUGGCAUCCUACUGUCACUGUAGUAUUGUUUCCUUUACCUGUCUGUAAUAAAACUACACGCUGCUUAUGUAACCGAGAGUAGCUUUUGCUGGAUGGGGGGAGGGUGUAUUUACUGGAGGAGAAAUUCACCAAGCCAUGAGCCUGAUGUGAAGGGAAACUCUCCACCACCCGCGGUGAUUCCUUGAUCCCGGCCGGCUGGAGGAGUUCGACACCCCCCCGAGGAGAGAGGCUGGAGAGACCCGGGCCCCAGGUCCCAUCUCCGUCGGGUCCUGCCCUCGUCGUGUGCCGCUUGUUCAUCGUCAACAAACCAACACCGUGUCCGGAGAUGCUGUCAAAAUAAAAGAUUUGUGUGGGUU